AUGUCAUCACGCAAGGCCCCUACCUGGACUGGUAACUCCAAUUACAGGGAGUACCCUUUGCCCGAAGGGUUUGUGUGCCAUAUGGAUGGGAAGUGGCGCCCCGUCACGAAGUUUAGUAAGAACCAGCUAAAGAAAUGGCACAACAAGAAGCGAUCUCCCAACGCCCAUGUAACUCCCUCCAACGCAGGCCUCAUUUGCCGCGAUCAUUCUGGAGAGCCGGCCUUGCAACUUCAGUGCAAUGGACCCUGUGGCCAGCAGAAGAUCCGUGACAAGUUCUCACGUUCACAGCGUCGCAAUAAGCUCCGCUGGUGCUCCGCAUGUGUCCGCUGGCAGCUACUCCAGGGCACUGAAGAUAUCCCCAGCGCUACUCCUGGAGGCAUCAAUGACUCUUCUAGUGAGAUCGAGGGUGCUACUAACGCUGCCCACACUGUAUCGUACGUACUCGAUGACGAAGCGGUCGCCGAUUACGGUGCGUAUAACGACGGCGACAACGAUUCAACGGCAACCGACAAUGAAGAUGAUGAUGCUGCUUCUGGCACGGGUCAUUACUUCGACGGGGACAGUGACGGCUUCGAUGGAUCAUACGACGAUGACGAUGACGAUGACGAUGAUGAGAUCGUGCGAGUAUCCAAUCUGGACAAUGGCGAUGAUGGGCUGGCUAAGGGCAUGGUUUCUAUGACCUUGUCGUCUCACCAGCCUGUUUCGCAACCAGCCCAGGCCGCUACGCAUGCGACUGCAACAGCAUCUGGCAUGUACCACGAGCAACGCCCUGCUCAGACUCAGCCGAGAUCCUUUGCGAAUGUUGCUGCGGGCCGUUCGCAAACCUCCCCCGGCACUUUGACCACACAAGCUUCUACGGAGCCUUCCCGCGCGCCUUCUGUUGCAGAUCGGGCUGCUGACUGGGUUCCUCCUCAUCUGCUAGCCAGCGAGAACAUCAACACUCUGAGAGAUGCCGGACUGAGCAACCGACAUUUCCCUGGCGCUGCUCAAGUUAUGACGUCUGCUGGUGGUGACAAGCCGAUUCCUCCUCAUCUGAGAGGUUUGAACGGUGUACCGCCUCAUCUCAGGGCCGCGACCCCUUUGUCGUCGAGCUCCAACCAGUCGAGAAUUCCAAGUCACACAGAUGGCUCGGUGUCAGGCCAUUCCAGUAUUACAGCACAUACCCGGGCGAAUGUUUCCGACUUUCUCACAGGAAGCACGCCCACAGCAUCCGCCCCAUCUACGGACUCUCGGGCGGGCGUGCCAACGAUGUCGAUGAACUCCGUCGUGAGCCAAUCACGUCAGGGUCCUACCGCGCAGAGUUUCAACGCCUUUGACCCGCAGGGUAACGCCCAUCCCCGUAUUGCAAACCGUGGAACGUCUACCGCAGGAUCAACUCCGGCGUCUGCGAGGGCUACCCAGGGAAUGCCAGGCAAGCGAUCUGACAAGAACGGAUGGGCUCGACCUUCGCGACGUAAACAAUUCGACCAGCUCUACAGGGAGCAAGCUCGAGAGGGUGUCGAACACCAUGAAACGUAUUACUCUGGAUCAGAUGACGAGAUGUAG